AUGACGUGGCGGCUUGCUAGUUUGGCGACACGAGUGGCGGAGGAUGUGGCUGUUGACGUGUCGGAUGACGUCGUUGAUGACAUGCUGCGCACCUGCAAUGGCGAUCCAUCUGUUCGACCUGAGAUAUCUGAAGAUGUUAGAAUGCUCGAAAGCAAAAUCUUUCUGGCAGGAUCACAGCAGAAGGAUUGGCCAAUAAAGACCGCUUUUCUUCCACAAUUUGCAAGAGUGUUGUUCAAAGCUGAGGUGUCGGAUGAGUUUCAUGGAGCUAUCUUCGCACUCCAAAGUCUUCCCUUGAGCGGCUUCGGGAAUGAAUUAGUGCUGAAGAGGAAUUGGGAUUUGUUAAAGAUGGUGUUCAAUCUCAGAUCCUUCAGUUUCACCGAGUCCAUCGAAGAUGAUCCCCCAUCACCUCCUAAAAGCUUCUCUCUAAAAGAGCUCCGAGUUGUGACACACGACUUUAGCAGAGACAACGUCUUGGCCGCAGGUGGAUUUGGAAAGGUUUCCCAGGGGCGCUUGGCUGAUGGUUCUCUUAUGGCGGUAAAAAGAGCUCGCACAGUCGAUCAAUGUAGCAAAGAGCAGUUCGAAACAGAAGUUCAAGUGGGUCGCUCAGUUUCAACGCACCCAAAUGUGCUAAGGUUGAGGGGCUUUUGCAGGACCAAGAAAGAGCUUUUACUAGUGUAUCCCUUGAUGAUCAACAACAGCCUACCUUACAAUCUUCUAGAGAGACCGGAUCGGUGUGCCCGACCUCUCGAUUGGACCAGUCGCAAGCGAAUAGCCUUGGAGGCAGCAAGGGGGCUCGCUCACCUUCACACUCAAGGUGACAUCAAGAUCAUGCAUCCCUACAUCUGCGCGGCAAGUGUACUGCCGAAUGUGCAAUUCGAGGCCAUGAUAGGGAGUUUCUGCACUGCCGUGAUCAUGCAUGAGAGGAAUGCUGGGAAAGGGACUAUCGAGUGGCGCACGCGCACGCCAAGACGUGGCACAGGAAUCUCAUUCUCCUCCCCAUUAGAAGAAAAUUCAGCUGAUUCUGGCUUCGAUUCUCAAAUCUAUCAUCGCUACAAAAAUGUUUAUGUGGACACCAUCGCCUGCGGCAUAGUUGGGUUUACUGCCUCCAAGUACUCCUACACAUGAAAGUGCACGCUGAAAAAUGAUGUCUUCGCAUAUGGGAAAAUGCUUCUCAAGGUCAUCUCGGGACAACCGAUUUUUUAUUUUUUCCCCUGAGGUACCCGAUGGCGAAGCUUCUGGUUAGAGGAUCGGGUUAGAAAGCACAUGAAUGAAGGCCAGCUGGGAAGGGUGAUCGAUCCCAAUUUGCUGGGGAACUUUGUGGAAGAAAAAGCAGAGCGACUAGCCCGAUUGGCAUUGUUGUGUACACACAAGGAUCCAUCUGUUCGACCAGAGAUGUCGGAAGUGGGUCAAAUGCUUGAAAGCCAAUUUCUUCAAUGUGAUACUAGUUCAAGGAGUAGUUGGAGUCAAAGUGAGUAUGACUCAACUCCAUAGUACUCUUUCCCUCCUUCUCCUUCUCCUCAGGGGAUUGCUCCAUGACUGGCAUGUCAAUGCUACAUCUUCACCGUUGCCUUUUACCUUCAAUAACGAGUUCAGCUUAUGUGU